AUGAGACUUCUAGUUAUUCUUGUAGUCUUGACGACCGCCGCGACUGCCAAAUUCCAUUGUCAAAGCGGACUCAGAAGGGUUACGGAGAUUGGAUUGAUUGAAAAAUGUCUGACAAAGUCAGAAUGCUCCAGCAUGCCACAAUGUUCCGAUACGGUCCUUGGAGGAUGCUGUUGCCUAGAAAACAAAAACUGUUUGCUGACACGUGCCAGACGCCACUUGAAAAAAACAACACCAGCUCCAGAAGAAUCAGAGGAGACUACGGCAUCUGAAGAAACCGUAUCCGCAGAAGAAACCACCACAGUGAAAUCGUCACACAAAAAGAAAACUACCACAAAAGCCGCACCAACUACCACAGAAAAACCAGAAACCACAAAGAAGGCUGAUAAAAAGAAGGCUGACACCAAAAAGGCUGUGAAAUCCACUACAACAGCCGCUCCUGUCGAGAGUGCCGAGACUGAAACCCCAUCGUCUGAAGAGAAUAAGACGACGGAAGAAGAAUCUGGAAAUGUAUCUGCCACGUCAUCAACUGAAGUCUCGGCUGAGGAGGAGCCAAAAUCCACUGAAGCUUCAAAGGAGGAGACUACCGAGGCUUCCACUGAGGAGGAGAAGUCUACUGAAGCAUCGAAUGAGGCUACCACUGUUAGUUCGGAAACAUCAGAGACCACUGAGGAUAGCGAGGAGGAGGAAGCCACCACCUCCAAACCAGUCAAGGCUACCAAAGCUCCAAAGAUUACCACUACCGAAGCCUCCACAAAUAAAGAAUCCAAGAAGGCUCACAAAAAGGAGAAGGUUACGACCACCCCAGAACCAUCUACUGAAGAAUCUCCAGAAACAAGCGAGGAGCCACAGUCUUCUGAAUCUACUCCAACCUCUGAGGAAUCUACUGAGCAAUCUACCGAAAAGCCAAAGAAGGCUGAUAAGAAGACUGAUAAGAAGGAUGACAAGAAGGAUAAGAAGAAAAAGGAAAAAAGCGAGGAGGAUGACUCUAAUGAAGAUGACGACAGCAAAUCCACAUCUGAAUCUGAUUCUAAGACUGAGUCCACUUCCGAAUCCUCAUCUGAAGCCUCAUCGGAGAAAUCUGUUGGAGGCACUAAGAAGACCUUGUUCUCAGGACCACCAGACUCGGACGAGGAUGACGACGACGAGGGAGCCGGAGCCGACGAGGCCUUCUUCUCCGAGAGCAAACAUGCUGUCACUGAAGCACCAGCCGAGCUUUCCAGAGCUACCACAAUGGCUGUCAAGAGCAAGAAGCUCAAGAAGACUGAGAGCAGCUUCAACUUUAUCCCACUUGCCAUUCUUGGAUUCUGCUUUUCGGCCGGAGUUGGAGGAGCCGUUUACUGGUACAACAAAAGAAAUGCGGAAAGAGAGAAUGCGUCGGCGGUUGAUGAGAAAGAGCUGACCACUAUCGCUCCUCUUCUUGAGGAUCAGAAACAGUCCGCCGAAGUCGACGAAAGCCCAGAAGAGAAGAAGGAAGAUGACGAAUGA